AUGCGUAGAAAUUAUUGUGGUCGAAGUGUGAAAACAAUACGAGAUGGUUGGCCACAACAAUCAACUUUUUGCGAUGAAAUUGAAUAUCAUCCAUAUCAAGAAUUUUGCAACACAUAUGAUGCUGUUAUGAAUAAAAUACAAGAUAUCACAGCUCCU